UAUAAAUAAUCAUUAUAUAGAGGAAAUGCAAAGUUUCAACUAAACCAAUGACCCGAAGGACUUGGGCUCUCCUUGCGAGUUUCGUAUAUGUAAAAUUUCGGGUUUAUAUGUAGGGUUAAGAGGCGUUACUUUGCGAUAGAAAAAGAAAAGAAGAAAUAGGAAAAGAGAGGUAAGCGUAGGCAGUGGUUGGAGGAGAAACGAAAAGAAAAGGGGCAGUAUAAUAAGAAUUGUUGAAAAGUUGCGAGUGUCAGAGGAGAGGGGAUAGUCGGUGGGAUAAAACGUUUGUGCAAAGUGGGACAUGUCGUAGUUGGUGGAGGUUACUCGGUGUACGGUGAUAACGAGACGAGAGAGAAAGAGAAAGAGAGAGAGAAAGAGAAAGAGAGAGAGAGAAAGAGAGAGAGAGAGAGAUGAAGUACUUGACGCUAAUAGGAAUUCUUAGCUGCGGUAUCCAUAUCGUUAUGGGUACAGAUACACGUUCGGAGUUCGCGAAAGCGCGAAUCGUACCAGACAUAUUGGACACGGCACCGGUGGAAAAGAUCGAGGUGAAAUACGGAGAUAAAGUGGUCGAUUUUGGAAAUGAGUUAACUCCGACGAUGACGCAAAAAAUUCCAGAAAUACGUUACAAACACGAAGGAGGAGUGCUUUACACGCUCGUAAUGACAGAUCCCGACGCACCGACUAGAAAGGGAUACAAUCGAGAAUUUCGACAUUGGCUGGUUGGAAAUAUCCCGGAAGAAGAUGUCGGGAAGGGAGAGGUGCUAGCGGAAUACGUUGGUCCAGCUCCGCCGAAGGAUAGCGGGAAACAUCGGUAUGUUUUUCUCGUUUACAAACAGAAUCAGGGGUCCAUUACGUUCGACGAGAGAAGACUGAGCAAUAGGGAUGGCCCGCAGCGAAAACGAUUCAACGUGAAGAAGUUUGCAGAGAAAUAUAAUCUGGAAGGUCCAAUAGCAGGGAAUUUUAUGAGAUCGGAGUACGACGAUAACGUGCCCACGUACGCGAAGCUUUUAGGAUUUUAAGAGAUCCUGAAUUGAUGAGC